AUGGGGGAUUCCGGCAGCGCCGGACAGGCGGGAGACUCCGGCAGCGCUGGAAUGAAGGACGCCUCCGGCAGAGCCGGACAGGCGGGAGACUCCGGAGUGAAGGCUAUAUUGUCCAUUGUGGGGAACCUGCUGGUGCUCAUCAUGGCAUUUAAGCACUCAUCUCACAUGAAGCCCCCGGAGCUGCUGAGUGUCAACCUGGCAGUGACAGACCUGGGAGCUGCUGUCGCCAUGUACCCUCUGGCUGUGGCCUCGGCCUGGAACCACCACUGGCUGGGAGGAGACACCACAUGCAUCUACUACGGCCUGGUAGGCUUCUUCUUUGGCACGGCCAGCAUAAUGACCAUGACCGUGAUGGCUGUGGUGCGUUUCGUCGUCUCCCUCAGCCUCCAGUCUCCCAAGGAGAAGAUCAGCCGGAGGAACGUGAAGCUCCUGUGUUUGUGGACGUGGCUCUAUGCCCUGCUGUGGGCCUGCUUCCCUCUCCUGGGCUGGGGCCGGUACGGUCCAGAGCCCUUCGGCCUUUCCUGCACCCUGGCCUGGGGAGAGAUGAAGGAACAAGGCUUCUCCUUCGUCAUCUCAGUCUUCUCCUUCAACUUGCUGGGGCCCUCCUUCAUCAUCCUCUGUUGCUACUUUGGCAUUGCCUUGAAGCUGUACAUUACUUACAAGUCCCUCGACAACAGCAAAAAUAUCCCAAACAUCAUCAAGAUGCACCGCCGCCUUCUCAUAAUAGCAGUCCUGAUCAGCCUGGGCUUCAUCUUAUCAUGGGCUCCAUACGGUUUGGUGAGCCUGGUGUCUGUCGUCAGGGGCAGUGAGUUCAUCCGGCCAGAGGUGACCAUGCUGCCCUGCCUGUUUGCUAAGUCCUCCACUCUUUACAACCCCCUGAUCUACUAUAUCUUCAGCAAGACCUUUAAGCAGGAGGUGAAGCAGCUGUGUGGUAGAUCCAACGUAUGCCACGCUUCCAGAGCCAGGAACAACAUCACGGACAACGCCAUCUACCUGGUGUGUGACGGCAGCCGGACGGAGAAUGAGGAGAAGGUGGUGGCCACGGUGGCUGGGAGGACCACUGAGGAUAAGUUGUCCUCUGGGAAGAGCCGGAAGAUGGAGACCAGGUUAAACUCAUUCGACAGCCAAUAGGAAGGCCUCGGGGAGGGAGAGGGGGAGGGAGGACAUUAUACAGUAUAUAAUUUGAAAUGAGCUAAGACCAAUAUCUAUGAUUUUAUUGUUAUAUGCCUGAAUCAAUUGCUGUUGGCAUGAAAAUAGUUUUUACAUAAAGACAAGUUAUACUUUAAUAAGUAAAACUGUUGUGUGCAACAACUUGCAGGGUAAUAUCAAAUCCUGUAUUGAUGGUUACAUGAAAGAGGGCAGGUUUGCACUACUGUAUCUUAACUUAAUGGAUGUGAGUGAAAAAUGGCAACCAAUGAGAGGAUUUCUGGACUGGUUCCCAAGCCAAUUGGCUGCCAGAGUGAAGAGGAUUGACAAUAUGCUAUAGCCAAUAGGGAAUCAUAGACCGUACAGUAGGUGGGCUGUUUUCUUUAGACAAACACAGCUGCCAUUGAGCAAUGCAGAGGAAGGAAGUGACCUUAUUCCCAUGGAGGAGAGGAUGGAUGGAGAUACUAAGCCUGGGGCCACCCUAUCCCCUAUGUAGAGCCAUAUGGGCCCUGGUCAAAAGUAGUGCCCUGCACUAAAGAGCACUGUUAAGUGCUCAGGACUGAUCCAAUGAGGAGGGGAGAGGAUGGAGAAAUGGAUGCUUCUAGUGCUCAGGACUGAUCCCAUGAGGAGAGGAUGGAGAAAUGGAUGCUUCUAGUGCUCUGGACUGAUCCCAUGAGGAGAGGAGAGGAUGGAGAAACGGAUGCUUCUAGUGCUCAGGACUGAUCCCAUGAGGAGAGGAGAGGAUGGAGA